ACACAAGUCUUCGCGUUCUUACAGUCCAAGUCUUCGCUCAAUCAAGCUUGGAAAAUUUUUGCCAUUCCUUCUUUGACCCGUUCCUUCAAAUUUCUCUCUCUCUCUCCCCAAAUUCACAACCACACUAUCAAUAUCAUCGCAACAAAAGAACUCAGAGCUCAAAAGAGGCAAGAUGGGUUGUUCAAAUUACCAGGUUAUGUUCUUAGGAGGGUUGUUUUAGUUACUAUGAAGUUUGGGUUUUGUGCUGUGGCUUGAAUUUGGAUACCAAUUUUGAGUAUUUUGGAGUAGUUUUCUAAUUGAAAAGAUUGGAUUUUUAGGAUCUUUGGUUGAAGAUGGUUCUUAGUGUUGUUUUUGGUUUCUUGGUGCUGAUUAGUAGUUUUGGAACCGCAUAUGGGACUGAUACUGAUAUCUUCUGCUUGAAGAGUAUCAAGGGAUCCAUUGAAGACCCUUACAAUUAUUUGCAAUCUUGGACUUUCAAUAACAAAACCGAAGGGUUUAUAUGUAAAUUCAGUGGGGUUGAGUGUUGGCACCCUGAUGAGAACAGGGUCUUGAAUCUCAAGCUCUCAAAUAUGGGGCUAAAGGGUCAGUUUCCCCGUGCCAUUCGGAACUGCUCGAGUUUGACAGGGUUGGAUCUUUCAAUCAACAAGCUAUCUGGAACGAUUCCGGCGGAUAUAUCCACUCUUCUGUUUUAUGUGACUACUCUUGAUCUAUCAUCAAAUGAAUUCUCCGGCACAAUACCCGAAAGCCUUGCGAAUUGUACCUAUCUUAAUACCCUUAAACUUGAUUCUAAUAGGCUUACUGGUCAAAUUCCGGGAGAAUUCGCCAGCCUCGGACGGCUGAAGACAUUCAGUGUAACUAACAAUCUUUUGUCCGGGCCAGUUCCAAACUUUAAUUAUACUAAAGUGACGGCUUCAUAUGGAAACAAUCUAGGCCUAUGUGGAGGAGGAACUAACUUGGGAGUUUGUCAGCCCCAGUCUUCCAAGAGUAACACUGCGGUCAUAGCCGGAGCAGCCGUUGGUGGGGUGACUGUUGCGAUGUUAGGAUUGGGCAUUGGAAUGUUCUUCUAUGUGCGCCGUGUCGGUUACAAGAGGAAGAAGGAAGAGGACCCCGAAGGAAACAAAUGGGCGAGAAGUAUAAAGGGAACCAAAGCAAUAAAGGUUUCUUUGUUUGAGAAAUCAGUUUCAAAAAUGAAAAUGAGUGAUCUCAUGAAGGCUACUAACAAGUUCAGUAACACCAAUAUCAUCGGAUCAGGACGAACGGGAACUGUUUACAAAGCUGUUCUUGAGGAUGGCACAUCACUUAUGGUUAAGAGGUUGCAGCAAUCCCAGCACUCCGAGAAAGAAUUUAGGUCCGAGAUGGCUACACUCGGGUCGGUCAAGCACCGAAACCUGGUUCCUCUCUUAGGAUUUUGCAUGGCCAAAAAGGAGAGGCUUGUGGUGUAUAAAAAUAUGCCAAAUGGAAACCUCUAUGAUCAGCUACAUCCGGCCGAAGGCCCAAGCUCCCUUGACUGGACUCUAAGGCUCAAAAUUGCAAUUGGAGCUGCCAAAGGAUUAGCAUGGCUUCAUCAUAGCUGCAAUCCCCGAAUCAUCCACCGAAACAUAAGCUCUAAAUGCAUACUCUUGGAUGCUGAUUUCGAGCCCAAAAUCUCCGACUUCGGUCUUGCCAGACUGAUGAAUCCUAUAGAUACUCAUUUAAGUACUUUCGUCAACGGCGAGUUUGGAGACUUAGGAUAUGUUGCUCCAGAGUACACAAGAACCUUAGUUGCUACACCAAAGGGAGAUGUUUAUAGCUUUGGCACCGUGCUUCUCGAGUUGGUAACCGGCGAAAGACCUACCAAUGUGGCUAAAGCUCCAGAAACAUUCAAAGGGAAUCUGGUGGAGUGGAUUAUGCAGCUCUCUAGCAACUCUCAACUCCAUGACGCCAUCGAUGAGUCUCUAGCUGGAAAGGGAGUUGACAACGAGCUCUUCCAAUUUCUGAAAGUUGCUUGCAACUGUGUUUCUUUAACUGCAAAGGAGAGACCAACCAUGUUUGAAGUGUAUCAGUUUCUAAGAGCAAUUGGGAGUAGGUACAAUUUCACUACUGAGGAUGAGAUUUUGAUACCUGUAGAUAUUGGCACUGCUGAUAACAUGGAGGAACUUAUUGUUGCUAGAGAAGGAUUUGAUGAUUGAAUGAAAAGGUAUGUCAAAUAUUUAUAUAAAUGUAUGUAUGUAUGUAUAAUCAGGUUGAAAAGAUGUAAUUAUGUAUCUUACUUUAUUGUCUCAAAAUAAAUGUUAGUUAUAUAUAGUUUUGACUUUUGAGAAACUAGAUCCAGUUGUGUUAAUGAUAUUGAAAUGUCAAUUUAUGAUCAUUAUUUAUC